AGGCGGCAAGUUCAGAUGCCUUCAGUCGCACUUGAUCUUAGCCAAAAGGCAGAGAAGGGCUCUGUUACCUACUAUCUUCUGUUUGGCGUUGAAGCUGUUUCCGGACAGGAGGUUGGGUGGCCUUUUUCUUUGCUCCCUGUGAGGUGCAAAAAAAAUGGAGAAGAUGGAGAAUCAACUAUUGUUGUUGAAAAAGACCAUUUUAUGGAUGAAUUCUUCCAGCAGGUUGAGGAUCUCAGGAAUAGUAUAGCUAAAAUUGCACAAAAUGUGGAAGAAGUUAAGAAAAAACACAGCAUUAUCCUGUCUGCGCCAAAUCCUGAAGGCAGAACAAAGGAAGAACUUGAGGAUUUAAACAAAGAAAUUAAGAAAAUUGCUAAUAAAGUUCGAGCGAAAUUAAAGACAAUUGAACUAAGUUUUGAACAGGAUGAGAAUGCUAAUAGAACUUCAGUGGACCUCAGGAUACGAAAAACACAGCACUCAGUAUUGUCCCGCAAGUUUGUAGAGGUCAUGACAGAAUACAAUGAGACGCAGACACUUUUUCGUGAGCGCAGUAAAGGACGAAUACAGCGACAGUUAGAAAUAACUGGAAAAACCACCACUGAUGAAGAACUGGAAGAAAUGUUAGAAAGUGGUAAUCCUUCUAUUUUCACUUUUGAUAUUAUCUCAGACUCCCAGAUUACUAGACAAGCUCUAAAUGAAAUUGAGUCCCGUCAUAAAGAUAUUAUGAAACUGGAAUCCAGUAUACGGGAACUACAUGACAUGUUUAUGGACAUGGCAAUGUUUGUUGAGACUCAGGGAGAAAUGAUCAACAACAUAGAAAAGAAUGUGAUGAAUGCAUCAGACUAUGUAGAGCAUGCUAAAGAAGAGACGAAAAAGGCUGUUAAAUAUCAAAGUAAAGCACGAAGGAAAAUGAUGUUCAUAAUUAUUUGUGUAACUGUCUUGCUUGUGAUCCUUGGAAUUAUCCUAGCAACCACGUUCUCAUAGCAAGCAUAUUCCAGGAAUUAUGAAUCUUCAGACACUCCAAAUCACAGCUACACUAAAACCAAAUACUUUAGUUUUGUGUAAGGGAUGUUUUACACCAAGUUACCAUGAUGAGCUAUCAUUAGAAAUUUAAAAAUGAAAACUCAGUGGCCCUUAAUGUUUAAUACUAUCGGAGAAUUUGACUAUUUAUUGGAUAUGGGUUUGGAUUUUCAUCCUAAACUGCAUGUGUUUGUGAGUAUGAAGCCUGUUUUUAACCAUUUUAAAAGUAAAGUGAUUUGAGAAAUCAGCUUUUGAUAUCAUAGUGUUAUGAACACAAUUUAAUUAACAAAACAUUAAAUAGUUCUAUAUUUGGCUUCACUCUUCAAUUGCUAAUAUAAAUCUAAUUAUGAAUGUUAGUAGCACAUUUGUGUUCUCUUCUUAUUAGGAAAAUAAUUGAUUUUUUGAACACUUUUAAUGAGUUGCUAACCAUAACUUUAAAUACAACAUUAGCUGUUCAGUUAUCUUUGUGUAUCUAGUUUUUAAAGAGAAAUAUCUUCCCCUGUGAUAAGUACUGCAUUAUUUUAUUUUCAAACUCAGUUUUCACUUAAGGAUGAUAUUAUACAACUGUUUUUAAUUCAUUGAGGAAAAACCCAGGUUCCAGAAAGGUUAUGAGGCAACCCAAAAGGAACUGAAAUGCCUCCUUUUUAUAGUGACUAUAAAAUAUAAACUGUUUUUUUAAAUCUCUCCAGAAGAUGAUUUGGAAGGUUUCACUCAACAACACUGCAGCAAGUUGCAUUAACUUAGAAUUUAAAAAAAGGCCUGGCUUUCACACAUCACUGUGAAGCUUGCUGUUCAAUUUUGUAUUAUUGAUAUUAAUUUAUUGUUUUUAAAAAAGAUUUUAAGCAAUUAAUCCACAUAAUUAAGAAAAUGGCUGCAAUACUUUCCGGGCAUAAUAAUGCAAUAAUGAAUCGCAAAUAGCAUUUGAGCUUUUUAGAAAGAUAUGCACAAUAAAUUGUAUUUUAGACUAUAACACUAAAUUGACUGAUCAGUUUAGCUUUACAGUUUAUGUCAGCAUGGCCAAAUCCCAUACUUCAUCUUGUUCCUCAAAGUAAAAAUCAAGCCUUAAUUUUCAAGUGUUUUGCAAAUGGUAGUCCAUGAUGAAAGCAAACAGAAACAAAUAUAUGCUUCUUUUAGUCGCAUUUUAGUUUGGGAUUUGCUAAGUGAGACACUGAUUUGUUAUGAAAUUUACUGUUGUGAAUUUAUGUAACAUGUAUGAAGUGUUUAGUAUUAAUAAUAUGCAUCAGUUAUGAUAGUUUGUAAAGUUUUAAACUUUUCAAAUGUAACCAAUAUAACUGAACUUAUUGUUACAUUUUGUACUUGUACCUUUCUGUGUAAAAUAUUUGUAAUUUGUAUUUUAAUUUCUCAUUGUUUAAAUAUAUUUGUGUAGAUAUGUUGAGACAAAUGUCAAACAAGCAUAAUGGGUGCCUUCUUAAUACCUGGCCUAAAACUUUGUUCGUUAUGAUUGAAAAUAUUACUCUCCUUGGAGAUGAUGUUAAAUGUAAUUUUUUUUUUCUUGCAGGUUACUAAAUCCUUAAACAUUAAGAUUAUAUUUUUAUUUAAAAUAUAUGAGAUCCAUGUUAUACACUAAAAUGUAGCUUUCAGAAUACAGCCCAUUUAACUGCUUCCUAGUAUUCAACAAUGCUUACAACAUAUAGCAUCUAUUGAGGAGUAUUCCUGCACGAUACUGCCCAAAUGUACUGUGAAUUUCUCUUCUGAUUUAUAGCUAGUCCUAAACAAACUUGUAAAAAAAAAAAAAAAAAUAGUCCUGGACUCUUUUAAGUUUACUGAAAUUUUUUCAUCAGUGAACAUUUUUCUUUUAACCCUCUGUUGGAAUCUGAGAAGUCUUCAGUGAUUAUGAGAGGGUCUUUGUGUAAAAGUACUGAUGAGGUUGGUUUGCCUUAAUAUUCAGUUCUUAAGUAGAAUGCCUUUUAUUGUCUAGCUUUGUUUUCUAUUAUUUUUGACAAGUAAAACUUAUUUAUAGGAAUUUACAGAAAAUUUUAGUUCAGGAAAUACUCCAUGCUGUCAUUUCAGUCAUCCCACAAAAUGCCAACUGCGUCUAAUAAUUUUGUGGUUUAUCUGUUCAUGUACAAGUGAUUAUCAGUAAUAUCAAUUGCCUAGAUCAUGUAGUACUGUUAUAUAAUUGCCUCAAAUCCGUUUUUAUAUAUAUAGAUAUAUAUAUAUAUAUAUAUAUCUAUAUAGAUACAUAAAGAGACAAAGAAAUAGGUAUGUGGCAUUGUGUAGAAUGUUUAUAUAGAUAUACAACGCCACAUACCUAUUUCUUUGUCUCUUCAAAAACAAAGAACUAAUUUCUGGUAACAUUUUAUGGAAAAAUCUUUAAGCCCCUAUGUACAAAUAAAUUUAUCUAAACAAUA